AGAGAGAGAGCAGAAGCCCAACAGGAAGACCGCAGCUAUCUUAUUCUGCAAGCACUCUGCGAUUCCGGGUUCCGCGUACAUCGGAUAAAACAAUAAAUAAAUUGCUGUCAAACUUUUUUUUUUCAGAUUCUCUUUUUUUCCAGAGGAAGACGGAGGAGGCGUUUCUCCCGGCAGUUUAAGACUCGGGGGACCCUGCGGCGAGGCCCGGGGCGCCCCCCGCCGCAGCGAGCGCGGGGCUGGGCCAGCACGGCCGGGCCCCGUCUCGCGGCUCUGAUCAAUGGCUCUGAGGCGCCGGGGCCACAGGCCCCGCCCCAGUCGCCUGUCCGGCGCUCCCAUUGGACGCGGGCAGAGGAGGCCGGGCCUGGCGCCUCGCGCUUAUUGGCUGGCGGGGAAUCAGUAUCAAUGUUUAAGCGGCGGCGUGAGGUGAAUAGAGUCAGUCAGCGAGAGGCGCUGGGGAGAGAGCGGGGACUGAGAGCCUGGCGGUUGCGGCAGCGGAGGGCGGCCGGGGGGACGCCGCUCCAACUGUUGAAUUUUUACCUUUCCUUUCCAUCGGUGCUGUGCCUGCGGACAUGGAUUUAUUUGCUUUGAAAUCCGCACGUCUUUCCCAGGCUGUGAGCUGAUCCUGUCAGGCACCAGAUUGAAAGAGACCACCCGUGACAGAAAAGGAGGAAAAAAAAAAAAAGCCUCCACAACGGACUGCACAAUUAACUACGCACACCAGUCCUGGACUUUGUGAAUAGAAAACACUGACAGGAAAAUCGUGAACUGUGAUGCGGAGCUAAGCUGUGAACAGUCUCUCUAAUCCAGAUUUUUUUUCUCUUUUUUUCUCACCCAAGAUUGAAAGAUUUGGGGGUUCCUUUACGCCUUUAUUUUUAAAAUAAAAACACCUAGCAAAACAGACGCCUUGCUUUCCAGAGCCUCGGACUCCGGCAGAAAGAGGUAGAGUAAAAGUGCUGCUGGAUUCAGCUUCACCUCCCUCCUCCCCUCCCUGCCUUUCUCUCGCUUUUUCUUUUUUUUUCCCCAAAACAUGAAUCUGGCUUUUCUUUCUGUAGAGUGAGUCAGAGAAAGCGUUAGGAAGAAGCCACAACUAAUGUCUGUGAAGGGAGGACCAUGAGGCGAGAGUGAAUUCGAUUCGUUCCGCUCUUUCUGACUCAUCCGGCAGAUCGGAACACCUGCAUUUCUGGAUGUGUCAUUCCCGUUUGUCGAGGCGCCUCGAGAAUCCGAGAUAAUGUGUAGACAGACCCGUGCCUAGCAUCCCCUGGGCGGUAGCUCCCCGGGGCGGGUGCCCCGGCUGAACCGCCGCGGCCGCAGCUCUUAGUCCGCUGCCCUCGCGACUCGCCCAGAGAGACUGCGAGAGCGAGACUGCAGAAUGCAUCACGCCAAACCUUGAUGUGUUCCUUUCAUCCAACCCACUCCUACUAUAGGAAAAAAAAAAUUGAAGAAAAAAGAAAAAGCCCGCACUUUAUUCGCUUCAAAUAUUCACCACUUUUAUUCCUCGCCAAGGUUUUCCUUUCUAGAUGAAGAGGACUGGGAGGCAGGGCCAUUGGAAGGAGAUGCUGAAUAGAAAGAAAAGAGAGGCACUUGACAGCCCAACCCUCUGAAUGCAGAGACUGUUUCCCUUCUAGCGAGAGACAGGGAGAGUGUGUGUGCGAGGACUGGGAGGGUGGCUCCCCCUUCCUUUUUAUUCCGCCUCUCCCUUCCCCUUCAAAUCUGCACAUCCAACCAUGAGUUGCCUGUUGAUUUCCUUUCGCCUGGGAAGAAAAGCAAACUGGAAUUAAACUGCAGAGAGAGAAGUCCUUGCUCGCGGGCAGAGAAUGGGAUGGUAGCGGCGGCUACUGGCUGAGCGUAGAGAAAUCAGAGUGCGUUCUACCAACAGAGGCGGAGAUACAUCUCUACAUUUUCCUCCUCCCAACAGACUCAAACCGCAAACGCAGAUCAGGCUGUGGCUUCCUCGACUUUGGGGAGAGCCUUUUGCGAGGAAGAGAGGGAGGAGCCUCGUGGAGGGAGGAAACUACAAAUCCGGACACUAGUUCUUUGCGCUGCAUUUUCUCCCCUCCCUUCGGCUGUUCGGAACGGAGAGAGAGAAGGAGGAAAAAAAAAAUAAAGAAAGAAACACCCUUGGCUUGGAGAUGCAGUCUGCCGCCACCGCUGCCUCGGCCGCCAAUGCGAGAUUAGAUCUCUAAAUGCAGCAAAACACUGCCUGAAAACAGACCAACCCGCGAAGCAAGCAGACAUUUCACAAGGCUUCGGGGAAGCUUCAAUAUAUCUGACUCUCUCUCUCUUCGUUGUUCCUCAUUCCCAUCAAUUUCAUCACUGGAGAAGAGAAAAAAGUAAGGAUUUCACUUUCUGAUCUGCCUAGAGACACACCUCCCAGCUCCCUCCCCCACCCGAUGUGAAGAGUAUUCCGGAGGCAAAAAGCUGGAGUGGAUUUGCAGCGCCCUAGCGGGAGUGAGGAAAACCUACGGAUUCUUCAGCUCAUUACCAUCCUCCCCAGACGCGAUUUCCUUCUUAUCGCUGCUCUCAUCGCUCAAGUUUGAGUCGCCCGAAGUCCAGGAGGGAGAGACAAAGCCCCGGGCUCGCCCCCAGCCGCAGGGAGCCUCCGCCUUGCUCAGUGUCCCUGCAGCUCCGCUGCACCGCUGCUCCCAGCCCAGUGCGGAUGCUGUAGAUCAACAGGUUCGGGGAACUUGAGCGGAAUAAGGAGAGACCGCCGGGUGCCGCAUCCCGGGAGCGGAAGGAAGAGAGGAUACAGAGACUUGUGGCUCGCGUCGGGCGCGGAAGCUGCGCCGGAGCCCCAAGCUGGCGCGCACCCAUCCGCUAGCCCUUCCAGUCCGGCUGCUUCUGCCAACACCCCGCCGGUCUGGGAUGUAUCUAUCCAUCUGUUGCUGUUUCCUCCUAUGGGCUCCUGCCCUGACGCUCAAAAACCUGAAUUACUCAGUGCCGGAGGAGCAAGGGGCCGGCACGGUGAUCGGCAACAUCGGCAAGGAUGCUCGACUGCAGCCCGGGCUUCCGCCCUCAGAGCGAGGCGGCGGUGGUGGCGGGCGAAGCAAGUCUAGCAGCUAUCGGGUGCUGGAGAACUCGGCGCCGCACCUGCUGGACGUGGAAGCGGACAGCGGGCUCCUCUACACCAAGCAGCGCAUUGACCGCGAGUCUCUGUGCCGCCACAACGCCAAGUGCCAGCUGUCCCUCGAGGUGUUCGCCAAUGACAAGGAGAUCUGUAUGAUCAAGGUAGAGAUUCAGGACAUCAACGACAACGCUCCCUCCUUCCCCUCGGACCAGAUUGAGAUGGACAUCUCAGAGAACGCGGCCCCGGGCACCCGCUUCCCGCUCACCAGUGCACACGACCCCGACGCCGGCGAGAACGGGCUCCGCACCUACCUGCUGACGCGCGAUGACCACGGCCUGUUCGCGCUGGACGUCAAGUCCCGCGGCGACGGCUCCAAGUUCCCAGAGCUGGUUAUCCAGAAGGCGCUAGACCGCGAGCAGCAGAACCAUCACACUCUGGUGCUGACCGCCCUGGACGGCGGCGAGCCGCCGCGCUCCGCCACGGUGCAAAUCAACGUGAAGGUGAUUGACUCGAACGACAACAGCCCCGUCUUCGAGGCGCCCUCCUACCUGGUGGAGCUGCCCGAAAACGCCCCGCUGGGCACCGUGGUCAUUGAUCUGAACGCCACCGACGCCGACGAGGGUCCCAAUGGCGAAGUGCUCUACUCUUUCAGCAGCUACGUGCCCGACCGCGUGCGGGAGCUCUUCUCCAUCGACCCUAAGACCGGCCUGAUCCGGGUCAAGGGCAACCUGGACUAUGAGGAGAACGGGAUGCUGGAGAUCGACGUGCAGGCCCGAGACCUGGGUCCCAACCCUAUUCCGGCCCACUGCAAGGUCACGGUCAAGCUCAUCGACCGCAACGACAACGCGCCGUCCAUCGGUUUCGUCUCCGUGCGCCAGGGGGCGCUGAGCGAGGCGGCCCCGCCCGGCACCGUCAUCGCCCUAGUGCGGGUCACCGACCGAGACUCGGGCAAGAACGGGCAGCUGCAGUGCCGAGUCCUGGGAGGAGGCGGGCCGGGCGGCGGCGGCGGCCUUGGCGGCCCGGGAGGCUCCGUGCCCUUCAAGUUGGAGGAGAACUACGACAACUUCUUCACGGUGGUGACCGACCGCCCUCUAGACCGCGAGACCCAGGACGAGUACAACGUGACGAUCGUGGCGCGGGACGGGGGCUCGCCCCCACUCAACUCCACCAAGUCGUUCGCCGUCAAGAUUCUGGACGAGAAUGACAACCCGCCUCGUUUCACGAAGGGGCUCUACGUGCUGCAGGUGCACGAAAACAACAUCCCAGGAGAGUAUCUGGGCUCGGUGCUGGCCCAGGACCCCGACCUGGGCCAAAACGGCACGGUGUCCUAUUCCAUCCUGCCCUCGCACAUCGGCGACGUGUCCAUCUACACCUACGUCUCCGUGAACCCCACCAACGGGGCCAUCUACGCCCUGCGCUCCUUUAACUAUGAGCAGACCAAGGCGUUUGAGUUCAAGGUGCUUGCUAAGGACUCCGGGGCGCCCGCGCACUUGGAGAGCAACGCCACGGUGAGGGUGACGGUGCUAGACGUGAAUGACAACGCUCCGGUAAUCGUGCUGCCCACGCUGCAGAACGACACGGCCGAGCUGCAGGUGCCGCGCAACGCCGGUCUGGGCUACCUGGUGAGCACCGUGCGCGCCCUCGACAGCGAUUUCGGCGAGAGCGGGCGCCUCACCUACGAGAUCGUGGACGGGAACGACGACCACCUGUUUGAAAUCGACCCAUCCAGCGGCGAGAUCCGCACGCUGCACCCCUUCUGGGAGGACGUGACGCCAGUGGUGGAGCUGGUCGUGAAGGUGACGGACCACGGCAAACCCACCCUGUCCGCGGUGGCCAAGCUCAUCAUCCGUUCGGUGAGCGGCUCCUUGCCCGAGGGCGUUCCCCGGGUGAACGGUGAGCAGCGCCACUGGGACAUGUCGCUGCCGCUCAUCGUGACCCUGAGCACCAUCUCCAUCAUCCUCCUAGCGGCCAUGAUCACCAUCGCUGUUAAGUGCAAGCGCGAGAACAAGGAGAUUCGCACUUACAACUGCCGCAUCGCCGAGUACAGCCACCCGCAGCUGGGCGGGGGCAAGGGCAAGAAGAAGAAGAUCAACAAAAACGAUAUAAUGCUGGUGCAGAGCGAGGUGGAGGAGAGGAACGCCAUGAACGUCAUGAAUGUGGUGAGCAGCCCCUCCCUGGCCACUUCCCCCAUGUACUUCGACUACCAGACGCGCCUGCCGCUCAGCUCGCCCCGGUCAGAGGUGAUGUAUCUCAAACCGGCCUCCAACAACCUGACUGUUCCCCAGGGCCACGCGGGCUGCCACACCAGCUUUACCGGACAAGGGACUAACGCGAGCGAGACCCCAGCCACGCGGAUGUCCAUAAUUCAGACAGACAAUUUUCCCGCAGAGCCCAAUUACAUGGGCAGCAGGCAGCAGUUUGUUCAAAGCUCCACGUUUAAGGACCCAGAAAGAGCCAGCCUGAGAGACAGUGGGCACGGGGACAGUGAUCAGGCUGACAGUGACCAAGACACUAACAAAGGCUCCUGCUGUGACAUGUCUGUUAGGGAGGCGCUCAAGAUGAAAACGACUUCAACUAAAAGCCAACCACUUGAACAAGAACCGGAAGAGUGUGUUAAUUGCACAGAUGAAUGCCGAGUGCUUGGUCAUUCUGACAGGUGCUGGAUGCCACAGUUCCCUGCAACCAAUCAGGCUGAAAAUGCAGAUUACCGCACAAAUCUCUUUGUACCCACAGUUGAAGCUAAUGUUGAGACUGAGACUUACGAAACUGUGAAUCCUACUGGGAAAAAGACUUUUUGUACAUUUGGAAAAGACAAGCGAGAGCACACGAUUCUCAUUGCCAAUGUGAAACCUUAUUUAAAAGCCAAACGUGCCCUGAGCCCUCUCCUCCAAGAGGUCCCUUCAGCAUCAAGCAGCCCGACCAAGGCAUGUAUCGAGCCUUGCGCUUCCACAAAAGGCUCCUUGGAUGGUUGCGAAGCAAAGCCAGGAGCCCUGGCCGAGGCGAGCGGCCAGUACUUGCCCACUGACAGUCAGUAUCUGUCCCCCAGCAAGCAACCAAGAGACCCUCCCUUCCUGGCUUCUGAGCAGAUGGCAAGGGUCUUCGCAGACGUGCAUUCAAGAGCCAGCCGGGAUUCCAACGAGAUGGGCACCGUCUUGGAGCAACUUGACCACCCCGGCCAGGAUCUGGGCAGAGAGUCGGUGGAUGCAGAGGAAGUCGUGAGGGAAAUCGACAAGCUUCUGCAGGACUGCCGGGGAAAUGACCCUGUGGCUGUGAGAAAGUGAAAAAGAACAAAAGGCAUUGGCAUCUUCCUGAUUCUUCUUUUGAUUGAAAAAUGAUCCCUCCUGGUGACAACCCCAUUGUACAGGGAUGAAGAAAGACCGAUGCUGCUUUCAGGCUCUUAGUGAACAUCUGAAGUGCCCAUGAGUACAUUCUUUUCACUGCUGUUUCUUUUUCAGAGAUAACGAUGGAUUUUUCUGACCAGACUUAUAUUAGGACAGAAUUAAGGAUGCUCAAAGAGGAAAGACAAACAGAAAAGAAAAAGGAGAGGAGAUAAAAGAGGAUGAUGAAGCAAGUUACCUUUUGACAAUCUGUUAGGAAGGUAUGCAGUGUGAGAAUGGAAGAAUUUUUCUGAUUGCUCUAAGACUGUCCUCCAUGGUUUAUGCUGACUUAACUGUUUACCUAUAAACCCCAUACAAAGCAGGGUCAUAAUUUUUGAUCUGUGGUAGAAUUUCUAGCAGUCACCACAGGCUUCUACUGAACGUCCCGAAAAGACCUUGCAGUAGUCCAAGCUACACCAAACAUUAACACAUAUUUGUGGUAAACAUUUCUGUAUAAAGUUACCUGCCACACAUAUAAACACAGAGAACAUUCCAUAUCAUUAGUCGAAAAAAAAUUAAAAACUGGGUCAUUUGUAAAACACCUCAUGUCGUAUAAAAGUUAAAUGUAAAAAGAUAUAUUCCAUUUUGUCCUGCACACACAUAGACUUAUUCACUUCAUGAAAGGAGAAGAAAAUUUAAAGGUUUAAAAUGCCUCUUUAGCAUUUUAGUGUCCAACAAACAUACACAUAACAAUGGAUAUGUUUUAAAUUUGCUCUAGAAAAGAUCUGAAAAAUAGUUACCAUUGAGCGCUGAUAUUCAGAGACAAUUAACAUGAUUGAUAUGUUUUAUUCAUUUGUGGACACUAAAAUAGCUCAGGAACGUGAAAAUGUUUUAGACAUACACAAAUCACAUGACCAUUUAAAUGUGCAAAUGUAAGAAAAUUAAAUGUGUUUACAUCAAAUGACAUAUUUUUAUUGAUUUAUUGCAGAUUCAGUGCAUAUGAGCCAAAUUGUUGAGUGUAUAAGAGCUAUAUUGUGUAUUUUAUUAAAUUAAUAUAUAGUUGUGUUGCAAAAAUAUUUGGGCUUAUAUUGUAAAUGGCAAGUGUUGCCUCGGUAGCUGUCGAACUCUAUGAGUUUUGUUUUUUCCUGCUUCCUUUUCCCCAUGGAGUGUUGGAAGCAGUGCCUCAGAGCAAAGUCUCUUGUUUAAUGUAUAGUCUACCAAGUACUACAGUACAUAAUCUGUUCAAAAUGUGUUUGAGUGAGCUGAUGGAGCUAACUGAAAGGUCAGAAAAUACAUCUGUCAGUCACGGUUAUGUGCAAGUCCUUUGUGGAAGCUUUUAUUAAAGUCAUGCUAAAUCACAAGAAUUACAUUUGUACCAAUACCUGAAACUUCUUCAUGUUUUUCAAUAACUUCCAGCUUCUGCCUAUGUAGAUAUCAUACUGUUGAUUGGUUCUCAAAAGUAUCCUUAGUGGUUCAAGAUGUGUGUUCCCAUUAUAUUUCAAAACCAUGCAAAAUGCUUUAAUGUAUGUGUGGUACCAGCACUGGUUACUUGCAUUGUGUAGCGUUUUACAAGAGGUCUCGGUCUUAACAAAAGGUUUGCCUUUUUUUUUUUUUUUUCAGUGCUCUUCUGCCUGUUUUUAUAGCUGUCCUUUGAGAACAAUACACCUUCUAUUCCUUCAUUUUGUUGCACCUUUCCUUGUGACAUUUAGCAAGUUUCAAACUUACUUCCAUAUGAGGCUAGGAAACCUCAAAUUUCAGGAAUUGGGAAAAAGUAAAAUUAGCACUUGCAGAAGUAGCAGCAGAUGGGAAAAUGCCUUGAUUGACAUUUUCCUUCAGCGUUUAAAAAUUUUGGCAUUUUACAGCUUCAUGACAAACAGUUUCCAGCCCAUACCUUAGAAUAUGUGGUGCUGAGUUAAAUAAAGGCUGUUUGUGCACUGGAGCAGAAAAAUGCAUUAUUUGCAAACUGGUGGAGAAUUCUGUGCCUUCUUUCCUGGCCACCAAGCCAGUGUAGUAACAGCGUAAAUGUCAUAAAAUCCUUAUAUCAAAAACAAAAGCAAAAACAAACACCGAGGUGAAUUCAGUUUUGUAAUUUUAAACCUCAAAAAAUCCAACUGAAAAGAUUUCCAUCCAAUGCUGUCAAGAUUUGAGACUGUACCAAGUUUGCAGAACUGCUUUGAAAGGGAAGAGUGGACACCUCCCAUCAGCCUUAUUCUCUUGAGAACUGUAUUUGGUUCCUAGUAACAGCCUUUCCAAAGCUCUACUCUUGGUUUUUAUUAUUCAUAAAUGUUUAAAUUAGAAAAGAAAGGAUCUUGUACAUGUGAAACUUAAUUGACUCUCUAUAUUUUGGACAAUUUAUGUAUCUGAAAUGUGUCGUCUCUGUUAUAUGAUGUUAUUUUUUUGCCAGGAGACUACAGGUUGAUUUAGCUUGAUAGCUGCGAUUUGAUGGAAAACUGAUUUCCAUUUAGUCUUACCAAGUGUUGCCUCUCUCUUACUAGACAAUAGCCAAGUAGUAAAAUCUAAGGCAGUAUGUAAAUGAAAUCAACAAAGAGAGUAGGGUUUAUUUUUAAAAUGUUCUUAAUGGUGAGUAACCAGUUGUUCAAUUUAUUACAAGUGUCUGAAGACAUUAAAACACUAUCAGAUCUUAAGAAUUGGUUGUGCCAAUGUGUGAGGGAUUACCUUUAGGCUCUCUGUCACCAGUGAUUUACUAGCGUUAGCUGUUUAACACAUUAUCUGUAUUUAGUAGUGAUUAUUUAUUUACCAGUUGGUGGUAAUUCAGCAGUCAGGACUCUAAGCUUUUAUAGUUAGAUUGAAGGGAAUCUUGCUUUUAUUCAUUUGGCUGGCAAAUGCCUUUAUCACAGACCUCUGGUGCUUGGCUUCCAUGGAAGUCUCUGAGAUGCCAAAAUUACCCCUUUGGGGAGGGAGCAACUUGCUCCAAGGGGUGAUGCAGUGAUAUUUCAAGGGGUUUUUGUCACAAUUCAGAAUGUGAAAAAUUAUCUUAAUUCACAUGCUCCAAUUACUAGCCCCUCAAAAAAAUCCCCCACAUUCAAAAUAAAUAAAAAUACUUUGUCUUUUAGGUCCUUGAAUAACUGUAUCAAGCACAGAAAAAGUAUCUAUAGAAUUUUUCAUAAGAAAGUCAAAGUUCUAAAAAUUGUUUACUGAUGAACUAAAAAAAGUACCAGUAACAAAGCAAUGUUUCCAUUAAAUGUUAAUGUGUUAAUGAUAAAAGAUCUUUUCAUCAAAAUUAAAAGUAGUGAGAAUCAGUGUUAGUUGUAUCUAUACCAAAGUAAACAUAAAAAAGACGUAUCACACAAUUUCAAAGAAUGCUUUCAUUUUAUUUCUUAACCUGACAUACUUAAUCCUUACUGCAGGCAAUAUGCAAAUAUUGGCUCACUACUCCAUAAAUUAAUUGAAUUCCCGGUUGGGAAAUUGACUUGUUUUGUUUUUCUAAAUUAGCUGAGAUCUUGUAAAACAUGACUUCCCUUUAAAGGAUCUAGGUACUGCUCAAUUUAAAAAAUGAUACCAUAAAAAAGAAAAAAAAGUAAUGUCGUGAUGGAGCAGUAUGCUUUAUUAGAACCAGGUUAAAAGCUGUUUGUUGCCUAAUGGAGUAGAAGUUGCUGAGGUCAACAAGUAGACUGAGAUUUGGCAUAAUAUAUGCCCACUCAUUAUUGUCUAAUUAUAUUCUUUUGACAACACACAACACUUACCGGAGCAUUAAUUCAAAUGAGGGUUUUGGCUAUCAAGAUGUGUUGAUUCGAAAUGUAAUUGAAUGAGACCUGAAUAAAGUCUGACUUUCCUGGCUCCAGUGUUUCGUAGGUUGGCUAUCCCCAUUUAUCAGCCCCAUCGCUCCAUAAGGUUCUUAGCUGCACCAAGUGAUUGGUGAACAAGGACAACAACAAAGCAGCAUACAUUGUAUGGAUUUAUCUCAACGCUGUUGUUUAAUGGCUGUGUUUAAUGUGACCUAUCUGGAAAAUGAGGACUCUGAAUAAAAAGCUAUUACUAAUA